UCACUCUAUUUAAAAAAAAAAUGUAUACUCCUCAACGUCAAAUUUUCACCCAAUAAUUUCUCUUCAACUUCAUCAAGGGAUAAAAAAGCAAACAUAACAAAAACCCACAAAAUCAAAUAUAAGUCUGUGCCCAUUGUAAGCGCUAAUGAUACCGUACUUCAUAUUUAGCUUUUAAUUUUAACACCCCGGUUAGAAUGAGUAGUUCACUUCCAUGCACACAUCUUGUAUGAUCUACAAUAAAUACUAAGAAAUAUCGUUCAAAACGACAACAAUAAUGACCCAAAACGGCAGUCUUGUCGAACACUAUUACAUGAUCAGUUUCCUCCUCUUUGCCCUUCUCAUGCAGAAGCCGCCAGAAGCAACAUCUCAGCUGAUAACUGCCGCAAAAACCCCAACAUAUUUGUCUCAAACAUCCCCAAUAGAACCACCCAACAAAAAUUCCAUGGUGGCCAUCAUGAUCAUCAUCGUCUUUAUGUUCCUCCUGUCAGCCUUCAUCUCGCUCUACUCGCGCCACUGCACCCGUCGCCCAGCCCGCGUACAGUCUCGCAGGCUGAACAUCGCCAUGGUAGCCGACGAACUUAACGAUCGCCAAUCCCACAGCGAGUGUGUUGGCCUCAGCCAAGAGACAAUCGAAACAUUCCCUACUUUUCUCUACUCCUCCGUGAAGGGUCACAAGAUCGGCACGUGCGCAUUGGCAUGCGCGGUGUGCAUAAGCGAGUUCGAGGACCAAGAGACCCUUCGCUUGAUCCCCAAAUGCAGCCACGUAUUUCACCCAACCUGCAUCGACGCCUGGCUCGCAUCUCACUCCACGUGUCCCGUUUGCCGCGCCGACCUCGAUCCAACGCAAAACGACGUCCAUUCAUCUUCCAUAUUCUCAAUUCACAUUCCUGAUGAUGACGUCAUCAACGAAAUGGAGGAGCAGGGCCAAAGCAACGAACAAGAGGACGCUGCUGCUGAUGCUAGGGGCAGGGAUCAAAACGACAUCGUCGAAUCGUUUUCAUCGAAAGGUGAUUUGCUACGUAGAAGCCGUACGGUGAACGAUGUUAUGACAGGCCAAACCCUGCGUUCUUUAUUGUUUCCGCGGUCUAACUCGGCCGGAACAUCCUUAACCAGGGUUCAGACCGGUGAUAAGGAUUUUGAAAGGUUUACUCUGAGGUUACCGAGUGGGGUUCGAAGCGAGGUUUUCAUGAACUCGAGAUUGAAGCGUGCAAAGACUUGUGUGGGGUUAGUGAGAAUGAGUAGUGGGACAAAGGGGUAUAGGACAGGAAGCGUUGGCAACUGCCGCGGCGAUUACGAGCGGUGGCGGUUUACUUUGACACCGCCGUUUUUGACCAAGAAUUGGAGUCGGUUAGGGAGAAGAUCUGCAUCGGCUCAGUGUUUAGGAGUGGAGGUGGAUAAUAAUAAUGUUGGUGAGCGACCUUCUGAUCUCUUGUUCCCUCCAUCGACAGCUUAAUCAUGCAUUACAUACAAUGUUAUUAGUUGAACUUACUAUUUUAAUCAGUACAUCAAAAUGAAACGUGAACGCUCAAAGGAUACAUGAGCUAGCUAGGUUCGGUGUAGAACUUUGAAUAUUUGUACAAAAAAAUUUGGACAUUUUAACAAGGAGAACUUGAGAAGAAA